AUGUCGAAGGGGUACACGAUCCACACCUUGAUGAAGCAACCGCAAGAGACGGUAAUAAAUGAGAAUCUCAUUCGGGAAUGUAUUUAUCUUGCUCCUGCCUGCACUACGGACGAGGAGCGUCUCCGUUUCGUAGGCGCACGAGAGGAAAAUCAGCGGCAGCAGCGGUCAAAGGCUGCGAUGGAGACGAUGGAGUUGCAUAAAGUUGCAACAAUCCUCGCAUCAUACCGGCGCAUUGGAAAAAUCGAAAACCUUGUUGGUCUUGGCAACCUAACGAAGCUAGCGCUUGACAACAACAAAAUCUCGGCGAUCAGUAACUUGAGCCAUUUGAAGAAACUCCAGUGGCUCGACCUCAGUUUCAAUCAGAUCACCGAGAUGUGUGGCUUGGGGGAACUUUUAGAACUGGAAACACUUUCCCUAUUCUCGAACAGUAUUGCUGUGGUUCAAGGUAUAGACACAUUGACGAAGCUUACCUCGCUGAGCAUAGGGAACAACUGCAUUGAAUCCUUAGAGGAUACAGCCCGUUAUCUACACCGCAUUGAAAGCCUUCGCAUCCUCACGUUGAGGGGAAAUCGUGUAGAAAAACAACCACACUAUAGGGUUCGCCUUCUUGCGUUUGUGCCCAAGUUGCAGUUCCUUGAUGGCUGCUUUGUGCAACCGGAUGAAGUGCUAAAAGCCCGGGAAGAGCAACGGGAGAAUUUAAUGCCUAUUGAUGAGGAAGAUGAGCGUAAAGCUGCCGAGGCAAAGGCCCAACAGGAGACAGAAAAGGCAAGGAAGGAUUACGAGCGGUUCAACUGCCCAGAUGAGACGAAGCUGUAUGACGAUCUCUUCCUUCUGGAGUCGGAUGGUCGGAGCUUCGCGGAGAUCUUGCGCAGUGACGUCCUUGCGGCGCCGUCCAAAGACUUGACGGAGAAGUUCCAGACAGAGUUCAUGGAACGGGCCAAGGAGCUCUCUGAGGCAAUGAAAGCAAUACGGGCGCGACGCGAUGAAGACGAGCGCGCCUUUGAAGUGGCUGCCACGCGCUACAAGCACAAUAAUGCGGAAGCGUGUAAGGCACUCAUAAAACAGUUCGAGAAGGAACUCAAGGCGUACAUACCUCGCAGCAUGUGGGGUCGUAUGGGCGAAAUCGAUCCGGUGGCGCCCGACAUUGUUGCCGGCCUGGAGAGACGCCUCACUGAGGUGCGACACCAGCUGUUGGAGAAGGAGGCGGACCAGUACGACGUGCUGGAAUCCCUCGAUGCUGCGACGAUUGCGAAGUGGAAAGGCGAUAGCGUGGAUGUUGUACUUCAGACUGCGUUCGAGGGCUUUCUCAAAAUGGAAGCAGACUUUCAGGUUGGACUUCGACAAGUGUUCGAUGGACUCUUUGAUCAGCGACAGAAGCAGGAACACCAGACAGAGACGUACCACACUGUGAGGCAAGACGAGAGCAUCAUCGCAAUUAUUGACAACAAGGAGGAGUACCAAAAAAUUCUAGGGGACUGGUUUGAAGUGCGGCGAAAGCGUUUGGAAGAGCUUGAGCAAAUGUACAUUAGCAGCGAGGAGAAACAUCUCAACGAGCGCUCUGCGGGGAUUUUGAAAGAGGAGCAGAACCGUCACAGAGCCCGCUUGAACGAGAUUCACGAAUUUGUGGAGCAGAUGAGAGAUCUGCUGGAAUGCGCGCGCUGA